AUGAGUCGGUUCCUCAGUUUGGAAAGAAGGCUAUCUGCAAAGGCAGAAUUGAAGGCUUUGUAUGCGGAUUUUAUCCAUGAGUUUGUGUCUAUGGGACAUAUGAAAGAAGUUUCAGAUGAUGUGUCAGUUGAUAUGUGUCAGAAUGCAGUCGGAAUGAGUCCGAAUAUAGUCAGAAUGCGUCAGAAAAACGUUCAGAAUGUGUCAGAAUUAGAUCCUGUGUAUUAUCUCCCACACCAUGAAGUAUUGAAGCCGGAGAGUACAACUACAAAGCUACGCGUAGUGUUUGAUGCUUCGUGUCGCACCUCAACGGGCGUUUCGUUGAACGACGCGUUGAUGGUGGGGCCUACUGUGCAGAACGAUUUGUUGUCGAUCAUCUUGCGCUUCCGUUUGCACCGAUACGCCAUCAGUGCAGACAUCGAGAAGAUGUACAGGAUGGUACAAGUUCAGCAACCGGAUCAACACCUUCAGCGAAUUUUGUGGCGAGAUACACCUGAUGAACCCGUGAAGACGUUUGAGUUAACGACCGUUACAUACGGAACUGCUAGUGCUCCGUAUUUGGCGACAAGGUGCUUGAAACAGCUUGCUGAAGAUGGAUCAGCAAGUCAUCCGAUUGGUUCGAGAGUAGUCAGAGACAGUUUCUACGUCGACGAUUGUCUAGUUGGAGCGGACAGUGUCGAAGAAGGCAAGCAUUUAGUUGAAGAAACUACCGAUCUCACCAAUUCAGCUGGGUUCAAUUUGCGGAAGUUCAACUCAAACUCACCGGAGAUAUUGGCAAGCAUUCCUGAAGAUUUGAAAGAGAAAAAGUCAGUUUUAGAGUUCGAUUCGUCAGAUUCAACUGUGAAAACCCUUGGUUUGAAGUGGGACACAGAGUCAGAUAAUUUUUGUUUCAGUAUUCCCCAUUGGAGGUCAUCAAGUUCGCAAAUCACGAAAAGAAGCGUGCAUUCUGAUGCAGCCUGUUUGUUUGAUCCUCUUGGGCUCGUGGGUCCAGUUGUCGUGCAAGCGAAAAUGAUAAUCCAGCAACUGUGGCGUCUCAAAGUUGGUUGGGAUGACCCAUUGGAUGAGCAGUAUCAAAAUCGAUGGAAGGAGUACAAACAGAGUUUGAUGCCUUUAGAAUCAUUAUCAGUUCCACGUUGGCUUGGUUUCAGUAAAGAUUGUGUGUCAGUACAGUUACAUGGAUUUUGCGAUGCGUCAGAGGUAGCUUAUGGAGCUUGUUUGUACCUGCGCUGCGUAACUGUAGAUGGUCAGAUAUCGGUCAGAUUAGUAACAGCCAAGUCAAGAGUAGCACCUUUGGAGAAUUUGAAAAGAUCGAAGAGGAAAACCUCAAUUCCACGUUUAGAAUUGUCGUCAGCUCUCCAACUCUCACACCUGUACGAGAAAUUUGCCAGAGUUUUCCCAGAAGUGACAGAAGCGUAUUUCUGGACGGACUCAAUGAUCGUGAAGCAUUGGUUAGCUUCGCAUCCAUCUCGCUGGCAAAUGUUUGUAGCGAAUAGAGUGUCCGAGAUCCAGCACAUUACAAGGAAUGGUUUCUGGAAUCAUGUGGCUGGAAUAGUUAACCCGGCAGACUUGAUUUCACGAGGAGUUUCUCCUGCUCGACUUUGCUACGAAAGGUUAUGGUUUGAGGGACCUCAGUGGCUAUCCCAGGCUCAGCAAUAUUGGCCUCGUCAAACUGCUGAAGGUCAAGAAGAAUUUGACCCAUCCAUUAUCGAAGAACGUCCAACUACUACAACACUGAUGUCAAAAUGCGAACCCUGUCACGAAAUUUUUGGUCUGAAGUCGUCGUUUACGAGUUUGAUCCGUAUUGUCGCAGUUAUGCUCCGCUUCAGAUACAAUGCUCAAAAGGUCAAUCGUUUGUGUCGACGAGUUGGUCCGUUGACACCCCAAGAAAUGGAGUCUGCUAUCGUAGUUUUGGUUCGCCUUUCACAGAAUGAGUCGUUUGAGUCAGAGUUUAAAGACUUGGAAAAGAAUGGUCAAGUAGAAAAAAGGUCGAAAAUUGCUAAACUGAACCCAUUUGUCGAAGAUGGUACAAUCCGCGUUGGGGGCCGGUUGUCGAAUGCUCCACUACCGGAUUCUCGAAAACAUCCGUGGGUUCUCGACCAUCGUCAUCCAUUGGCUUUACUUAUUGUGCGUGAUUACCACUUGCGUCAAUUUCACGCUGGGCAGCAGUUGCUCAUCGCCUCCGUAAGACGAAGUUUUUGGCCGACAAACAUUAAUUCCUUAGCGAGAAAAGUGAUUCACGAGUGUGUUCCGUGUUUUAGAAGCAGACCUAAGAUUUCAGAACAGAUAAUGUCAGAUUUGCCGUCAGUUAGAGUUACGCCAUCGUCAGCAUUUUCUAAAGUGGGAGUUGAUUACUGUGGCCCAUUUAACGUCAGCUACCCUAAUCGUCGAGCAUCACCUGUGAAGUGCUAUGUCGCUAUCUUCGUUUGCUUGGCAGUGAAAGCGGUUCAUUUGGAGCUCGUUAUGGAUCUAACGACUGAAGCUUUCAUCUCUGCAUUUCGCAGGUUUGUCGGGCGCCGCUCGAAACCAGAAUUAAUUAUGUGCGACAAUGCGACGACGUUUGUUGGGGCGAACAACUCAUUAAAAGAGAUUGGCCGAUUGAUGAGUUCGAAAGACUUUCAGAAUACAGUAACUAAAGCAGCAGCAGAUGAGGGUGUCGAAUUCCGCUUCAUUCCACCCAGAUCACCUAAUUUCGGAGGUUUGUGGGAAGCCCAGGUGAAAUCCUUCAAGGCUCACUUCCGAAAAACGAUUGGUUUGCGUACUCUAAGUGUCGAUGAAAUGGUUACCGCACUAGUACAAAUCGAAGCAGUUUUAAACUCAAGGCCACUUACCCCCCAAAGUAGCGAUCCGAAUGAUUUCGAAGUUCUAACCCCAGGGCAUUUCUUGGUGCAACGCCCGCUUACAGCAUUACCCGAACGUGACGUCAGUACAAUCCCCAUAGGCAGGCUCACCAUGUGGCAGAAAGCACAGCAAGUGUCUCAGCAGUUUUGGAAUACUUGGAGGAACCAGUACCUUUCGAACCUCCAGAACCGAACUCGUUGGAUAGUCAAACGAAAAAAUGUUGCUCCAGGAAUGAUGGUGCUUCUGAAAGAGGACAACAUUCCUCCGUUGAAAUGGCCUUUGGGGAGAAUCGAUGAAGUGUUCUUUGGUAGAGAUGGAAAUGUGCGAGUAGUCAAUGUCCGCACGAAAGAUGGAAUGUUCAAUCGUGGCAUUUCAAAGGUUUGUUUGUUGCCUAUUCGUGAGAAUGAGGCAGAAGGGUCAGAUGAAAUUGUUGAGAUUUCUGAAUAA